AUGAGUCGCCAGCCGACAGCAUAUACCCUCCAUGGCGAGAGGUUCCGGGCUCCCUUGAAUGGUCGAACCCAUAACCAGGCCCAUCAGCAGCGAUAUGCCAUCCAAGGUCAGGGCCACCAGAACCUCCACCAUCUCCAGGCCCUCCAAAACCUCCAGACCAUCCAAAAUCUUCAGAAUUCUCCCAGCUCGCAAGGCCAGCAUCACUAUACCCAGCAGCAGCCGCAGCAUCUGCCAGCUUCUUCUCUUGCUCCUGUCAGUCUUUCCAGGCAAACUAUGUCACCGAUGAUGCUUUCUGCCCCAAGAAGCAUGUACUCGAACUGGGGGAUUGGAUUUGAUACUGAUUUCGGACCGCAGCCUAUCCUUCAUCAAACGUCUCACGCAUAUGGAAACGGUAACGGAACCGGUGCUGGAGGCGAAGUGAAUCUCAACGCCGCAGGGCUUGCCUUUUACGAGCGAUAUGGAGGCGUCAUCGGCAAUGGAGAUGGAAGAACCAGCAACGGCACGCUCGUCAGCGCCGUUCCGUCUGAGCCUAGGCUGGAUUCCGCCUUUGCGUAUUGUUAUGACCGAGGAAAUGGACAAUACACCAGGCUCAUCCCCGCGGACUUGCUGCCUGAGCUCAAGGAUAUUCCUCGCAUGCAGAAUAGUUCUGCCGGCAUGAUUGUACUCCCUCAGCCCAUGGGCAUCCCACCCGCAGGUGUAGCCAGCAACACUUGCCCGGUUGUUAUCAAGUCUCCUCGGAACGGCACAGCCCAGGCAUCUGAUUCUAUUCAGAGCCAAAUCGACAAUAUCGUGAAAUCGGCGCCCGUGAGACGACCUAAGAUCUAUUGCGAUAAAUGGGUUCACGAGGGUGUUUGCGCCUUCACACAACAGGGGUGUAAAUACAAGCACGAAAUGCCCUUCGACAGGCAGACCCAGCACCAACUGGGGCUAUUCCACGGACUUCCUGCCUGGUGGAAGAAGCACCAGGCCGAGUUGCAGCGACAGCGAGACGUAAGCGAGCCUGCCUCUCCUACCGCGCCAAUGAGCGCCAAACAGAGCGCUACGCCUGUCGCCGAGAACUCUGGAGAGCGCCAGGGAUGGAGACCGGAAACCGUUAAGAGAAACACAAGCCCGUUGUCAUCCCCGACACCUUCGACCACUGUUUCGAACAAUUCCCCGGCCUCGCCUCGACUCGGCUUCGCAACCGGCGGAAUCAUGAGUGUGAAGCUUUCCAACUUGACUCGCCGCGGAAACGGAACUGCCAACCAUCCUCCCCGAGUUGAGGACAAGAGUUCGACGCAGCGAGUCGCGUUCCACCCGAAGACCGCCAAGGUCCCCUUGACGCCCACGUCGGCUUGUGUCUGGGGCCCCAUUGGCCCCCCUCAGCGGCAAACUGCUGGCGAGGUCGAAGUCUCAAGGGGCCGAACUCAGAACGGCUCAAGGAACGGCUUUACUCUCCUCGAUUCUUUCGAGGAUGAAUUUCUUGGAGGUAAUGAACAGAGGGCUUGA